UUCACCACGAAAAAUUCACAUCACGCUUUCUCUCGCAGUCUCGCAGGUUCCGUCAAAGUUUCGUGUGCGCUUUCGUCUCCUGGUGUGGCAUUUUUGCAAUCUUAGUGAAGACUGUGUUCCUCUUUGAGCAGAAAUUAAACUAGUUUAAAAAGUUUAUAAAAUGGCCCCACCAGCAUACUCAGAUCUUGGCAAACAAGCCCGUGAUGUCUUCAACAAGGGCUAUCACUUUGGACUGUGGAAGCUGGACGUGAAAACCAAGACCAAUUCCGGCGUCGAAUUUAACAGCAGUGGUUUCUCCAAUCAGGACAACGGCAAAGUGUUUGGUUCACUCGAGACCAAAUACAAGGUCAAGGAGUAUGGUCUUAACUUUUCCGAGAAGUGGAACACAGACAACACCUUGACCUCGGAGGUAUCCCUCGAGAAUCAACUGGUCAAGGGACUGAAGCUGUCGUUCGACGGUUCGUUCGCUCCACAAACCGGAAGCAAGACAGGACGUUUCAAGACUGCCUACUCGCACGAUAAAGUUCGCGUCGACGCCGAUGUCAACGUUGAUCUGGCUGGGCCACUAGUGAACGCUUCGGGUGUGUUCGGAUACCAGGGCUGGCUCGCCGGUUACCAGGUUGCAUUUGACUCCCAGAAAUCCAAGGUUACCGCUAAUAACUUUGCACUGGGUUACUCCACUGGCGAUUUUAUUCUGCACACCAAUGUUAAUGACGGUCGUGAGUUCGGCGGUUUAAUCUACCAGCGAUGCAACGAUCGGCUGGAAACAGCCGUCCAGCUGUCGUGGGCUUCCGGCUCAAACGCUACUAGAUUUGGACUUGGCGCUAAGUACGAUUUGGACAAGGACGCUUGCGUGCGCGCCAAGGUCAACAAUCAGAGCCAAAUUGGUCUCGGUUAUCAACAGAAGCUGCGUGACGGUAUUACUUUGACGUUGUCCACCAUGAUCGACGGCAAGAGCUUCAACACUGGCGGACACAAGAUCGGUGUUGCUCUGGAACUCGAAGCUUAAGCAGAGAGAGCUCGUGUUCGUGUUUUAGCAAACAAAUCCAAUCCUAAUAACUAAAAAAGAACUAACAAUGGAAAAAGCAAAUUACCAAGUAUAGUAAGAACAUUCGCAUCAUAUUGAAAGACAGCUAGAUUCGACACUGCGUUCCCCGGAAGGGUUCGUCAAAUACGAGACGUCAGAAAUGAGAUGAUAUGAAAAUUUUGAAAAAAUAAAUGCCUACAAAAAAAACAGUAAACCACAAAA